AUGGAGGGCGAAGACACCGCCGAGCUCAGGAACCCCUUCCCCUCCCCGCCCUCCCACUACACAAAGUACACCACCCACAAUCUCAACCUCCUCGCACUCCUAAAGGAGAGAGCCUCGGAUAAUCCGAAUCCAAACCAGCAGGAACUUCUCAGCGACCAGAACGAUGUCCCCGAUUGGCCACUCACACAGCUUGAGAAACCACGGGUAGAUUGGAUUCUGGAAGAACCCGACGCUUACUAUGAAGUUUACGGCGAUAGGUGGUUUGUCAAGGAAACGAUCCCCUCUCUAGCAGAGUCAGGAGGAAACCAAUUGUAUCCGGCUGACCCCACAAUAGAUCGGCGACCAGCCCUUCGAUCUGUCCUGCGCUCUCUCUUGGUCACCUACUCAGCGCUGACUGGUUCGCUUCUGCUGCCCCCACCCACUAAGCCUGAGAUACCUCCAGAAUGGCAGAGACACGUCGACUGGAUCAAUAUUCUCAGUCAGAACCUCAUGGCGGCUGCCAACGACUUGCGGCCUGUGCAGGCACGGGGUCAUCUCGAAUCUAUGAUGAAGCGUCAACUCGACCUACGAAGAGAAGAAACCAAAACUCUGCACCAAAAAUGCGAUGCACUAGAUGUGAAGCUCCAAGAGUUACGCACGUCUGUAAACCAGAUGCUAAAGGAUACACAGCUUUCUGCCUCCAAAGACAAAGAUGCGAACACCCAGAGCUGCAACGCGGACGCGUCCAGUGAUGUAACUGUUAAUGACGUCCUUACGUGGGCAGAGCAAGUCUAA